AUGGAAUAUAAAACCAUAAAUUAUGAACAAGGAAAGAUCGAAUAUGGAAGUGAAGAAAUAUAUGUUUCCAUCAUAUCCAAAUUUAUCAAUAUGACCUUUGAAAAAUAACUACAAGAAUUGUACUUAGCUGUCUAAUUGCUUGAUUAAAAAAGGAUGGAGAAGGCGUGCUUUGUUCUCAAGGGUAGUGUAGGGUAAAUCGCUAUUAAUUAAGGCAGGAAGAUAGAUCCUUGCAUUUGAUUAUCUAUAAAAAACAAAUGCAUUAUAUGAUAUUGCCAAGAAACAAUAGCCUCAUACUGACAGAGACAUCAUUGAUUUGUAUCACAGAUAUUUUGACUUGAUUGAUGCCAGCAUUUUAUUGGCAGAUGAAUUGUCCAUGGCUGCUAAGCAAUUGAUUAAUAUUACAGAAAUUUAAUCAUAUAGUAAAUUUCAUUACCAAGCAUAGGGGAUACGAUUCGGCCCAAGUAUAUCGAAUUUAUGUAAAGAUACAUUUAAGAAUACAGCAAGCCAAGUAAUAAUUAAUAACGAUGUUAGUAAUGCAAGGAAUGCAUCAUAUUUUGA